GCUCGUCUCCCUUUCCCAAAGGUAAACAUGUCUGCCCCUUCAGUGUGGUGUCGGCUGGCUUCGACCACUCAGAAAGCCUUAAAUUUGCAAUUAACAAGAUCAGUAUGGACGAGGAAGAUCAAAGUUAAUAUUUAUCCUUCGCUUGAGGAGAGAUUAGAAGAGCUAGACCACACAAGGGAAGAUCCAGAGGUAUAUGCACCAGUGGACAUAGGUCUGCCAGAGAGAAAACCCUCUCGCAAAGCCCAGCUGGGUCAGCGAUUAGAGCAUGUCAAAGCUCUAAGACGCAAUGCAGAGUUAGAGAGCCAAGCACGAAAAGCUGAGUUGACUUUGGACCUGGAUACAGUGAAUAAUGCCUGGGAGAAAGCAAGCGCUCCCCAUCACAUUUCAGCUCUUGCACACCACUACGGAAUCUUUGGGGAUCUCUUUGGGAAGUAUGCGUACUUUCGUCCUCGUGUCCCGUUGAGUGUCAGCUACGACUAUGAUGAACAAACAGUCUCUCCUGUCUAUAGGGGCAAUGUCUUGAAGCCAAAAGAGACGGCAGCAGAGCCAAAGGUCCAGUUUGAAAGUUCACCAGAUGAUCUCUGGACCUUAAUCUUGACGAACCCAGAUGGAAAUCUCUAUGAAAAUGAUAAAGAGUGUCUGCACUGGUUUGUCGGCAACAUACAAGGAGGGAAGCUGGAAACAGGAGAGGUCAUUUGCAACUACCUCCAGCCCUUCCCCCCCAGAGGCACCGGUUACCAUAGAUACGUGUUCGUGCUGUACAAACAGGAGAAAAGGAUUGACUUCUCCGAGUUCAAGAAGGAACAGCCUUGUUUGUUACUGAAGGAGCGGUCAUUCUCCACACUGGAUUUCUACCGCCAGAUGCAGGACGAGGUGACUCCUGCAGGCCUGGCAUGGUUCCAGGCUGACUGGGACUCGUCACUUACAGACUUUUUCCACAAUACAUUGCAGAUGAGAGAGCCGCUUUAUGAAUAUGACUUCCCAGACAUGUACAUGGCUCCUCAGAAACACUUCCCUUUGAGGAGGCAGUUUGAUAGAUAUCUGGACAUGCAUCGUGACCCCAAGCAGAUUAACAAGGAGAUCCUUUUGAAGAGACUAAACCGCAUCAACCCCCUGGAGCGCGAACCACCCGUCCACCCCUUCCCAGCCGCCCUGCCCAUUGACACCGAACUGACGUCAUGGGAGAAGAAGGAAAUUAAGAGGGAACGCAUUGGGGCUGGGAAAUAUUAUGAUCUGUAUAGGGGUUCAAACAGGCCCAAGGCAUAAGACUUUGGGGGGGGGGGGGUCUGAUAAUCACACUCUAGAUGUCAAGUGGUCCCUUGAUAUGGGAGUAUGGGGCGAGCUGAAACUGCAGGGGUUGUUGCCUGUCUAGAAUUUUAAGCUAUUGCUUUUGCCCAUAAAGUAUUACCAUCUAUACUAGGGUACAGACAGGCAACAUAAUAAUGAAACUAAUACCUCUCAGAUCUUUUGGAUAUGAAUUUAGUCUUGCUUCCUCAAGAGAUAUUGAAGUCUCAUUACACCUUGAAGUGUAAUGCAGUUAGUUAAAUUAUUGACAACUCUGUAUAUAUUUAUGUAGAUAUUUGCCUGCAGAUACUGUGUGUAAGGCAGCCCUGGUUAAACUUUAUUUUCCUGUAAAUUUGUUUUGUAUUUAAUAAAAAUACAAUAUUGAACAA